AGGGAUGAGGAAAAAUAAGGAACAGAAUAUUCUAGUGCGGGAAACCUGUGUCCUCAUAGGCCAACAUGAGCUCUGACUCGGUACCUUCGACCUCAGAAAUAAAAGUGACAUAUUUUAAUCAAAUAAAUGGUCUUUUAAGCUAUAGUUUCCAUCAGGGUUCGAAUCAUGGGGGAGCUCAAGGGGACUCGGCUCCCCAUGAAAGGGUGAUGAGCUCCCCUAGAAGUCGUCUAUUUACACAGCGGGGGGUGGGGUUGAAAAAAAACCUCCUGCAUUACAUUAUUUAUAUAAAUUCUCAGUGUACCGGGGACUCUUGAGCAGAGAUGAUGCAGAGUGCCGAUUGUUGAUGCGCUCCAGGCGGCUGGGCCCUGCUCAGGACCACAGUAACAUUCUCAAAGUGGCGCCACCAAAAAAAUAUAUAAUUAACACUCGAUAGUUAAUGUCUGCUCAUAUUCUCUGGUCCUUUCUGUCUUUUAUUUGUGCCUCAUGUGCAAAACUCAGACCCACACCCCAGGGCCGUUUGAAGGCAUUUUGGGGGCCAAGGCUAAAUAGACACCCCCUUUCCACCCCCCAUCUCACUGGGCUCCCUCGAAACCUUCUGUGUAAUUCAUACCCUGGUUGCUAUCCAUCUUCACUUGUUUUAAUCUGAUAAAUUUGUGUUCUUUAUGCAUCAUCGCUGCAUUUCAACAUCAGUGAUUUUUUUUUUAUUAGUCAUUAAAGUCUUUAGUGAUUAUUAAAGUGAUUGUUUUUUCUUCCCGAACGCCGUGGCCUGUUUCUUUUUGGAGUUGUUUAAUUAGCGAACGGAUAAAAUUUAUUAGGUUUUUCUGCAACAAAAGCUCACUCUGGUGGAUCUGAUAUUAAUCGAGACUGUUAUAUGCAAAAGGGAGAUUUAAAAAAAUCAAUUUAUUUCUGGGAAAAUCACCACUAGGGUUUUUCCUCAAAGUGUGUCUGAGCAGCGCGUUCUGAGCCUUGAUAAAACCAUCGUCUGGUAUUUUAUCUCUCAUGAUUCCAGUAGGAGACUGAUGAUUAUUUCUCAAAGCCUUUGACAAGUUAACUGACAUACAUCUCACCUUUCACUGUCAGGUGUUAGUAAUGACAAGAGUAAAUGUGAAAAACUGGCUGCAACAAAAGUCUCGGUGCUGGUGGAAAAUGAUGCCAUGUUUAUGUUCGUGUUUGUCUGGCAUGAGGUGAUAUAUUGACACUCAGCUUCACAGGAGACUGCUCACAUUUUGUUGCAGCUCAUAUUAAAUGUUCAGUGUGUUUUAUGUACAUCAGUCGGAAUAAAACCGGAUUAAACAGUCUAAAAACUGGACUUUCUGUGUGUUUUAACCGAACAAACACACUUUGCACAUCUUCUGUUGUCAGCUUUAAAUUGACCAGAAUGAAACAAAUAUAUAUAUAAUCAUUUAUAUGGCAUUUUAUGUCAAAUUACCCAGAAUUCAUAUAUUACAGGGCUGCCGGUGACAGAUUUAGACGCAAGACAAAACACUAACCCUUGGGUGAAGGAAUCAAUUAGCACAGAAACAGUUCCUAAAAUAGCAUCUCUACUCAAAUAGUAUUUUAGCACUAAAUAUUUUAUGAUGAUAUCCAGACAUUUGCUGAAAGCUAUACUUAUAUUAAACUCAGUUUGUAUUUAUUUUCACUCAAUGUUCAUAAAAAAAUUUAGCAGUUUUCUUGGGGCAGCAGUAGCUCAACAGGUUUAGCGGGUUGUCCAGUAAUCGGAAGGUUGCAGGUUCGAUCCCGGCUCCCGGACAGAGAAUGCUGCUGUUGUGUCCUUGGGCAAGACACUUUACCCACCUUGCUUGCUGGUGGUGGUCAGAGGGACCGGUGGCACCUGUGCUCGGCAGCUUCGCCUCUGUCAGUGCGCCCCAGGGCAGCUGUGGCUACAUCGUAGCUCAUCACCAUUAGUGUGUGAAUGUGUGUGUGAAUGGAUGAAUGAUGCACUGUAGUGUAAAGCGCUUUGGAGUCCUUACUCUGAGAGGCGCUAUACAAGUGCGGGUCAUUUAUCAUUUAUUUAUCAUUUAUCCUGCCUCAGAAACGUGGCUUUUGUCGCAAACUGUGUCCCAAAAAGGAACUCUUAUCGAAUUAUUAAUGUACGUUUAAUUUUAAAAGCUGAAUAAAAUAAAAUAUGCUAAAAUAGUAAUGUCGUGCAAAUCAUUUAGCAUUGCAUAAUAAAGCCUUAAAGUUAAGUAAAAUGAAUUUUGAUCAUUUUAUGAACUCCUUAACUUAAUAAGUAGCCAAAUUAUUGCACAUUACAUAAUGUUGGUCAUUUUCUUAAAAUUACUUUGUUGGUUUAAAUUAGAAAAUUUGUUUCUGUAUUAAUGUAUUUAUUUAUUUAUUUAUUUAUUUAUUUUUGUUAUUUAAGAGAUGUAAAACUUUAUUUGCACAUCCUUACCAUAUUUCAGCAGUGGUGUGCCCAGAAAAUGUUUACGAGGGGGGCAGUGUAAGUUUUGGGGGGCACACCGAAUUGAAACACAAACAUUUAAUUUUAUGGCUUCAAUAUUUACAUCUUCGUUAAACAAGAUGAAUGUAUGAUUUGUGUGAACGUGAAUGUGAUUUAUUAAGGGGGAUCGGGGGUGGUCUUCCCUGGGGACAACAGUGGGGUCCCUAGUUCUUUUACUCCCAGGGGAGUACACAUGGUCACAGAUAAAGUUAAAAAAUGAUUACGAUUCACUAGCUUCAGUUAACCUAAUUUAUAUAGGAGAAAACAGAGAAAUAGUUCAGAGAACACAGGCCUGGACCCUUAAAGCAACAAUAGUUGUGAUCUAUCAAAAGUAUUUUUUGCGUAAAUCAUCUUUGAUACCUUAUGCUAGGCUCCUCAGUACGUUAGUUAAUGAGAGUGGCCACACAGGGAGCGCUGCGCCGCGACCCAGAAGCGCCGCGCCGAGGCCCUGAAGAUAGGCGCCAGUUCUAUUUCAAGUGCUGCGGCUGUUUACAACAUUGUGGAGUACUUUACGACAGACAUUCCGACGAGGAACGGCAUUACUGCACAAACCCAGCCGCAGAUUUGAUAACUUUAAAGUACUACUGAUCUUAAAACAUUCUAAUGAAUAGUGUACUUACCCAUUUUUAAAGGAUUAGAUUCUCUCAAAACACAAUGGCAGGUCUGAUCACGUCAAAACAAACGAGUCACUUUCCGCUUCCUGUUCUCAAUUCCCACGUGAAGUUGUGACUAUUGCGCGACUUUCGAAGAAGUGCUCAGCGCCGCGUCUUGCGUGACCACUUGACUUCUCGAAACCACGGCGCGUCUGUCUCCGGUGGGCCCCAGCUUAACGCUAAAAGUUAGCUUCGACUUACCAACACAUGCUUUUCUCUCUCCUGGAUGCUAAACCACCAACAGCCUUUCUCUUCGCAAGAAAAGAUGGAUGAAUCCAUUAAUGUUAAUUUAACAUUAUGAUGUACUAAUGUCGCUGGAAUUUCUAAUACAAGCACUUCCGUGUUCAUUGUGUAACAGCAGCUAAGGAAAUAGAAGUAGAGUAACCAAUCAUAUCAGUGAACUUGCUCUUUAAACUAGGAACGAUCAUACUAAUGGUAUGAUUAAAGGUGAAGGCCAAGUGAAUGUGACACAGGGCAGCAUUUUGAAAAUACACUAAUUACCACAAAAAUGUUCUCAAUUAACAUAAAUACUUGAAAAAACAAUCAAUCCUGCUGAAAGUGAAAUAAUAGAUGAUAGACAUGAACGAACAAGGAGUGACAUCAAAGAACCUAAAUCUAUAAAACAAAACGGAAAAAAAAACUCAUUAAACUUAGUCUAAUGAGUUUGAUGAAGAUCCUUGUCUUUAGCAACCUGAUAAUGUUGAAGCUAAAUGGAAAAUGUAUUUUUUUCUGUUUAAGAUCAGUCCUUACUACUCCAGCGGUGCUAAGUGACGACACAGACGGAGAAAAAAACGGUACGGUGAAAAAGAAAAGAGGAAAAAGGGACAAACUCAGUGUCUUCCAAGCUUUUAAAGCAAAUGAAUAAAGCAGCAGCCUGUAUAAGCGCGCUUCUCUUUAUUAGAGAGCAGUCAGCAAAGAGCACUUCAAACUCCACUUCCUCCCCAUCCUGAGAAGGAACUUGCGUGUGCUGAUGAGUGUGUCUAAAUCUACUUGCAGCUGAACCGGUGUGCCGGCCUGAGAGUGUGUGUCUCUGCUACAGCCCAGCAGCACCGCAGAGGAAUUGGCAGCAUCAGAGGAUGUGCUGGAGCAUGUACAGAUUUCGUAGAGGGGUAAACAGUUUAUACGUUCACCUCUGCUGCCACUGUCUGAGGAUGGGCUGGACAGGGGAGAGGCAGAAUCUGACUUUCUGAAUCCUCAGGAGUAGGAGGGUGACUGAAUUGGACGAUUUGUUUUCUUCACUCCUGCAUCCUUUUUCCUCUGUCCUUGUCUUGUCUGCGCAUUUUCGGUGGUCCGCAACUCUGUGGACCCAGUCUGCAGAUAUGGAACAGGGUUGAAUUUGUCAAUGUCGCUGCCUGACAGGGAGUCUGUGAGACGGCCGGCCACUCCCCCCGCCUCUGGUCCCCUUCAUGCCGUGCUGUGGGCUGGGCCAUCGGCGCAGAGCAGAGCAUCCAUAUGGUUCGGCCGACUCCUACACCAGCCGUCCAUCAGACUCCGAUGUCUCCCUGGAGGAGGACAAGGAGGCAGCGCGCAGAGAGGCAGAACGACAGGCUCAGACACAGCUUGACAAGGCCAGGACCAAAGCAGUUGCAUUUGCUGUUCGCACAAAUGUCAGCUACAGCCCGAGUAAUGAUGACGAUGUCCCUGUGCCAGGGAUGGCCGUCUCCUUUGAAGCUAAAGACUUCCUUCACGUCAAAGAGAAAUUCAACAACGACUGGUGGAUAGGGCGCCUGGUGAAAGAAGGCUGUGACAUUGGCUUCAUUCCCAGCCCGGUGAAGCUCGAAAACACUCGCAUCCUCCAGGAGCAGAGAGCCAAACAGGGCAAGUUCUACUCCAGUAAACUAGGAGCAAACUCAUCAUCUAGUUUAGGUGAAGUGGUUUCUAACUCAAGGAAAUCAACUCCUCCUUCAUCUGCUGUUGACAUAGACGCCACAGGUUUAGACGCAGAGGACAGUGAGCUUCAAGUCAACCUGCGCUCCCCUAAAGCCAGUCCAAAUACUGUUUUAUCACCUUUAGCAAAAGAGAAACGAAUGCCCUUCUUUAAGAAGAUGGAACACAUUCCGCCGUAUGAUGUUGUGCCUUCUAUGCGGCCCGUGGUUCUGGUUGGACCGUCGCUGAAGGGCUAUGAGGUAACAGACAUGAUGCAAAAAGCACUGUUUGACUUUUUGAAACAUCGAUUCGAGGGAAGAAUAUCCAUCACUCGUGUCACAGCAGACAUCUCACUUGCCAAACGCUCAGUCCUGAACAAUCCCAGCAAGCACGCCAUCAUCGAGCGCUCUAACACGCGCUCCAACUUAGCUGAAGUUCAAAGUGAGAUUGAGCGCAUUUUUGAACUGGCGCGGACGUUACAGCUGGUGGUUCUGGACGCCGACACCAUCAACCACCCGUCUCAGCUGGGGAAAACCUCUCUCGCCCCCAUCAUCGUCUACGUCAAGAUCACCUCACCUAAGGUGCUGCAGCGGCUCAUCAAGUCCAGAGGCAAAUCUCAGGCCAAACACCUGAACGUCCAGAUGGUGGCCGCAGACAAGUUGGCUCAGUGUCCGUCUGAGAUGUUUGAUAUCAUCCUGGAUGAGAACCAGCUGGAGGAUGCUUGUGAGCACAUGGCUGAUUUUCUGGAAGCCUACUGGAGGAGCAGUCACCCACCGAGCUGCAGCUCUUCUGACCUAGAGCUAACGGAUCCGCCCACAGCCACCCUGCCGGCUGCCCCGACGCCAGCCUCCGGUGUGCAGAGCAACGGCUCGGAGCAGAAGGGAGACAAAGCAUUGGUGGAGCAGAAGAGCUCCAAGGAUGAUAACCAGCACCAUCAUCAUCAUCACCACCAUCACCACCACCAGAGAAGCUUGGAGCAGGCCGACGCAGAAGCUGAGGGGGAAAGCAACGACGAGGAAAGGCCCAUAAGGACAGAGCCCUCUAAGAGAGCCCCACACAUCCACCACAGGUCAUCGUCCACCAGAACUGAGCACCACAACCACCAUCACCACCACCACCACCACCACAACAACAGGGCCAAGGGCAUCUCUCGGCAGGAGACUUUGGACUCCGAGACCCCCGAGAGCCGAGAGAGUAAAGACUCAGCUCACACUGAGCCACAUGUCCCACUCCGCCACCAGGACGAGGAAGAGGAGGAGGAUCUAGGGGAGGGGCACCCCCAACAGCGGCACGAACCGCUGCCCCAACGGGACCACAAUCACCAUCACCACCAUCACCGCAGCGGAGGAGGUGAUGAGGCCGGCCACGGCACAGCGCACCACCGCUGCAAGGAGCGUGAGCAGGACCACAACGAACGCAACAGGCAGCGCUCCCACCACCACCACCGCCCGGCGCGGGAACACCACCACCACCACGAACAGGACAGGGAGGGGGUGGUGGGUCCCAAAAAGAGGGGCGAGGCGGCAGGCGAGUGGACCAGAGACUCCUACAUCCAUCAGUGAAGUCCCCUCAGAGCACUCCAUUCUCCCACCAUGCUGCUAGACCCUGAAGCAUCCCUUUUUAUCUCCACCUAUUUGUAAAUGCUCCUCCAUCUUUUUUUCAGGAUUUUAAUUAAAUAGAUAUAAAUACAUAAAUAUGUGUGUAUCUAUGCAUAAACGGUGUUUAUGUGUGGAUAUGCAUGAAUAUUAAAGAUAUGCAUAUUUUAAACCUGUGUUGGAUGAAGCAUGACAAAGCAGAAUUUUUGUUUUGUACUGAGCUGUGCUUUCUGUGAUUAGCAUUAAUAUUAUUAUCCAUUUGUAUUGCUUGUCGCCACUUGAAUAUUUUAAUUUUUCCUUCAGACUACUACCAGACACUUGAAGUUGAUGCUGUAAUUACAGCUUGGGAAAUUUGCUCUCUUAGACUUAAACUUGUUUUCCAAAAGGAAAAACCUGUUUAGAGAAGUCAGUUUAUUAGAUUUAUCUGGACAAACGUCACUGAGGAAGCCAUUUACUACAGUUAAAGCUGGGGUCCGUAGUGUAACGUCAUCAAGGAGAGGAGGAGAUUUUUAUAUUUAUAUAGUUCCCAGUUCCCUUCAGGAAGAUGCUAAACCACGCCUCUUACAGCACACGCGCACACAAAUAGCCUCGUAGCGCUAACGGACAAGUAAUGUUUUUGAUAUGUUGCUAUCAGACACAUCUGCUCAAACUGCUGAAUCACGUCCUCAGCCUUCAUUGGGUUCUGCAGGAGCUGCUAAUCACUUGUUUUAAUCAAAUCUGCAUCUUUGAAGCAGGAAAACAUCUAAAACCAGCAGGAUUGUGAUCUGACUGCCAUUUACACCGACUGUGGUUUGUGUGCUGCACGUCCCCAGAAAAUUGCUGCCGCUAGAGCAUUAAAUGAUUAGAAAUUUGACAGAACGCAUUUAAAUAUAAACUUGUAAAAGUAACAUGAACUAUCAUACAGUGAAGUGAUAACAAAAAAGCUGGAAAAAUGAAUGCAGCACGAGUUUUAUUUUGGAAUCUGUGGGAUGAAUCUCGCUGAAACAUGUCUCGCUUCCUGUCUGGCUCAUGUCAUUUUUUUUUUUACUUCAUGACUAAAUGCGAGAACUUUCUAGAACUCUGCAUUCAUAUCUGCAGCUGGUGUGAAUGAGGUGUGACAUUAAUUCAAUGCAAGUUGAUUUAGCAUUCAAGCUAGGUAGGUGUGCUAAGCUAACCCUAGUGCACGCUGGGUACUGGGGCACAUUCUGGUUGAUUGACAGCUCCCUGUUGAGGAUACGCAAAUAUUUUGGUCAGCGCUCUAGGCUCCUGUGAGCCUCUUUCCAUUAGAUGUGAAAGUGACGUGUUACAAAAUGACGGAGUUUUACCCGACAGCUCCCUUCCAACCAGGAGACACUAAAUAAGAGCAAAAGCGUUCCACUCAGCUGAUCCCCUGAGGUCACAAAACCACAGGAGAAUUGAAAGAUCACACGUGAUUUUGGAAGUUACAAGCAAGAAGAAAGAUAGCUGCAUGUAUCUAAAAACGUCUGUGGCCUAUUUUCUGUUCUGUUUACAUCGGCUACGGGGUUUUAACAGAAAAUUAUGUACGUUUAUCAGCAGAUUUUUAUUUUGAAAGUUUCCGGAUGUUUUACACUUCCUGUUUGACCUGAUCGGAACUGCAGAGUUUGACAAGUUUUGGAAGCGUAGAUCGUAAAAAUAGAGUCGAAACGUAAUGAUAGCACCCCAAAUCUUCUGGGACGCGUCCAAAACAUUAGACUUUGCUGCCGAUGGAAUGGAGCCUGUCCACUAUAAUGGCGACUAAUUGCCAUGAUGCAUGUUUCGUGACCGUUUUGUGGCGCUUUCAUGUGCGGUGGAAAGGCGGCUUUUGGGGAAAUGUAAACAAUGAAAGAUUAUUUACUUUUAUUAUAGAACAGGGUCAGAUAGUCAAAUUAAAGCAUUUUUAAAGGUGCAUUAUGUAGAGAUUAAGUAAAAAUGACAUCCUGUGGUAAAAUUUGGUUACUGCAGCCACUUUAAACAACUGUGGAGAUUUUUGCCGCUCGUUGUCAAAUUACAAUUUUGGGCGCUGCAGUAUUAGCUCGCAGGAGACACCACACCCCCACAGUCACUGACGGUAAACGGCAGUUAUGUCCCUCCUUCCUUUGUUUUGAAAGGAGAAAAACUGACAAUCUCACAGCCAGCUGGAUAUGAAACACGUUUCAGUAUAACCUUCCCUCCAAAAAGACUGAAACAUUAGACUCUUUUGCGAUUUUCUCACUGUAAAAUUCUCACUAUAUUCUUACAUACUGCACCUUUAAGUGGCUUUGAAACUAUGUACCCCAGCUUUAAGAGUAAUAAUACUUACAAUUGUUACACUGAAAAACACAUUUAGGAAGAGCAGGGAAGCAUUUCUCCCAAACUGUCAAACUUUACCUUUAAUUUAACGUUCAGCUUUAAUUUUUAAAUUCUAACCUUUAGUUUUGACAUUUUUCCACCACCUUUGGUCUUGCCUUACUGGAAAAACGAGCUCAACUGUUUUUCGUGUGGGUCCAGGAACAUUUAGAGCACUGAAACUUCUUCUGUACUUUUUCUUCUGAUUUGAAACGACAGCUCAGCUCUUGGAGAAUUCCUCCGUUCUGGUUCAUCUUUUAUCAAGUCUGACCCAUUUUCUAAUAAUUGCUGUUUAAGUCCCACCUGAACUCCCACUUCUUACAGUACAUUGAAUGUUCAUUACGAGACAGUUUGUUCAGUACACUUUAAAUUAAAAUUAUUCAUUUCUAAAAUAA